GGGUCGUCUAAUCAGUUUAAUAUUAUCUAUAAUAACUAUAAAAUUUAAAUUUAAAAAUUAAAAACUUUUUUAAAAAUUUAUAUAUGCUUAUAUCAUGAUAAAUUUUAUAUAUGAUCGAGAGCUCCACAGAGUAUAUAUCUCUGGAGCUACUGAGCUACAUGAUAAGUAAAUCCUUAGUUGGUCUGUGGUCAUUUAUUAAUUAACUAUCUGUGGUCAUUUUACGUUUUAAAUUUGUAGGUUAUAUUUUUGAAAAUGCUCGAAAUUUAUAUUUAAAAACAAAUGUUAAUAAAACCCAAUAACAAAUUAAGUUUUGUAUUAUUAAAUAAAGUAAAUAGAUCUAAUAUAAUUAUAAAAUAUGGCAGAGCAAUACAAAUCUCUUCAUCCGGCUAAAUAUUAUCGGGACCAUUUAAAACACGAUAUUCGACCCGAUGGCCGAGAACUUUCAGAUUUCAGACCUGUGGUUAUUAACGUUGGUUCUAUAAAAACUGCCGAUGGUUCAUCAAUUGUUAAAAUUGGAAAUACCACAGUUGUAUGUGGUAUAAAAGCUGAAAUAUCUCGACCUAAGGCAGAUGCUGCAACAAAAGGUUUUUUAGUUCCAAACGUAGAACUGUCUCCAGUAUGUUCCUCCAAAUUUAAACCCGGUCCUCCCAGUGAUCAGGCACAGGUUUUAACUCAGAUUAUUGCUGAUAUUGUAGGAAAUUCUCAAUGUAUCAAUUUAGAAGAGUUGUGUAUAUUUCCAGAUAAAAUAGCAUGGUGUCUUUAUGCUGAUUUAAUUUGUAUAGAUUAUGACGGUUCAUUAAUUGAUGCUUGUGCCUUAGCCCUAAUUUCAUGUUUGAAAGUUGUAUCUUUGCCAGAAGUGUCCUAUGAUCCAAGUUUAGAUAAGCAACAGGUUAAUUUAGAGAAAAGAACGCCAAUAAAUGUAAAUUCUGUGUUUGUUUCAACAACGUUUGCAAUCUUUGAUGACAAAUUAAUUUUGGCAGACCCCACAGUCGAAGAGGAAAAUUUGUGUACAGGCACAUUAACAAUUGUCACUUGUAACGAUGAACUGUGUUAUGUCCAUAAACCUGGCGGAAGUCCGCUAGUAGAUGAACAAAUGUCAGACUGUAUAGAGAAAUGUAUGAAUCGAUCAAACAGUAUAAAGAAACUAAUCAAGACAGCAAUUUUAGAAAAUAUAUGAUGCCUCUACUA